AGUAGGGCAUAGAACAAUGGAUCAAUUCAUUCAACAAGAUCCGUUCGGAUCAGACCAGGAUGAAUGGGAUUGAGAAGGAGCUCUUACCUUUUUGGGGUGCAUUAUAGCACAGUCCGUGACUACGUUUUUCCGUUGGUUGAUGCUGCGUAUUGCACACUUGUUAUAUUUGUUUAUAUAGUGUUAGUUCUAUAACGAAUUUCAAGCGCCUAUGAAUUAGUUCCAAGAAAGCGGCCGCCCACUAACUGAACUGCGGGAACAAAGAAUUUACCCCCAUAAAACUCUUCCACAUAGUGCGAUUAGUGUGUGAGACCGCGAUCCACAAACUGACGCAUGGGACGUAGCCUUCCUAGCCGCGUGCAGCCUACCUGCUGAAGACCGUAACGUAAGUAACUCAGCGCUCCAUACGUGGGAAAUGAAAGCAGAAUUCGUUCGGAUCCUCCCACAUGUUCAAUCUUUUUUUAGCGGUUUCCCCAGAGAUCUUUAUCAUUAAUGCAACCUUCAUUUUGCUCAUUCAUGGAGUUGUAUUUAGUACGUCUAAGAAAUUUGAUUAUCCACCGUUAGUCAGUAAUGUGGGUUGGCUUGGAUUACUUAGUGUUCUAAUAACCUUGCUUCUGCUCGCCGCUGGCGCACCUCUCCUAACUAUUGCCCAUUUAUUCUGGAAUAAUUUUUUUAGGAGGGACAAUUUUACAUAUUUCUGCCAAAUCCUUCUAUUAUUAAGUACGGCUGGUACCAUUUCGAUGUGUUUCGAUUCUUCCGAACAAGAGAGGUUUGAUGCUUCUGAAUCCAUUGUAUUAAUUCCACUUCCUACUCGCAGUAUGCUCUUUAUGAUCUCGGCUUAUGAUUCAAUUGCCAUGUAUUUAGCUAUUGAGCCUCAAAGUUUAUGUUUUUAUGUGAUCGCAGCAUCAAAAAGAAAGUCUGAAUUUUCCACGGAAGCCGGCUCGAAAUAUUUGAUCUUAGGUGCAUUUUCCUCAGGAAUCUUAUUGUUUGGUUGUUCCAUGAUCUAUGGGUCUACUGGAGCUACCCACUUUGAUCAAUUAGCCAAGAUUUUGACCGGAUACGAGAUCACCGGUGCUCGAUCUAGUGGUAUUUUUAUGGGGAUUCUAUUUAUCGCUGUAGGAUUCCUAUUCAAGAUCACUGCAGUUCCUUUUCAUAUGUGGGCACCUGAUAUCUAUGAGGGUUCACCCACCCCGGUUACAGCAUUCCUUUCUAUUGCGCCUAAAAUCUCUAUUUUUGCUAAUAUUUUGCGUCUUUUUAUUUAUGGUUCUUAUGGAGCUACAUUGCAACAAAUCUUCUUUUUCUGCAGCAUUGCUUCUAUGAUCUUAGGAGCGCUGGCCGCCAUGGCCCAAACGAAAGUCAAAAGACUUCUAGCUUAUAGUUCUAUUGGACAUGUAGGUUAUAUUUGUAUUGGUUUCUCAUGUGGAACCAUAGAAGGAAUUCAAUCACUACUAAUUGGUAUCUUUAUUUAUGCAUUAAUGACGAUAGAUGCAUUCGCCAUAGUUUUAGCAUUACGGCAAAGCCGUGUCAAAUAUAUAGCGGAUUUGGGCGCUCUAGCCAAAACGAAUCCUAUUUUGGCUAUUACCUUCUCCAUUACUAUGUUCUCAUACGCAGGAAUACCCCCGUUAGCCGGCUUUUGUAGCAAAUUCUAUUUGUUCUUCGCCGCUUUGGGUUGUGGGGCUUACUUCCUAGCCUCAGUGGGAGUAGUGACUAGCGUUAUAGGUUGUUGGGCGGCCGGAAGGUUGCCACGAGUAAGUCAGUUUGGGGGACCGAAGGCAGUUCUCCGUGGACCGGACACGUAGCUUACCGAAUCAGUUGCGACACGGAUGGGAAUGCAUGCUACGAAAGAUAGGGUCGAGUCUGAUACAUCAACCGUCUACUCAAUAUCCUUGUACGAGUCCACAAUCACUACACGAGAUGAACCUUGGUUUGGUGAAUUGAAGUUGGCCUUAGGUGUAAUAGGACUCCCAGUUACUGUACGCGAUCGUAUACUGAGGUGCUCCCCGCCGGUUGUUGGAACGACGCGAGCCGGGCCGGGUCUCGAUUCAGAAAGAUGAAGGGCCCAAAAGUCUAAAUAGGGAGUUAUAAAUUCCCCAUCUCGUUGGGGGCGGAAAACGAAUCGACAUCUCGAUGUGAUACAGCCUUUUCUAUUUUAGUUGGGAAAGAACGGCGAAGUCCAUCCGAACCGUCCAAUGAAGAAUAAGAGGAGAGCAAAGCGCCAAUGGCGCGCGAAGCGCAUGCGGAACGGGCACGGAGAAAAGGAAGUUUGGAGGAGAAGCAGCCGAGCUCAUUCCCUUCGCUUCCUGGGCCCAAAGCAGUGCAGUCUUUCCUGGCCAAAUCAAGGAUUUGGGGCUUCUUGCUACGCUACUUCACUAUAAAAAUCCUUUUUUUUUUAGUCAUAUAUAUAAAUAGAAAGAUAGAUCCAUCUAUCCUAUCCGAUUUCUAUUUUGAUAUCGAAAAAAGAAUCUAUUUCAUUCAACGUUUGAUUCAAAGAACUGUGCUUAGCCCUCCCCCGCUCAUGAAAGGGCUCUGCUGCAAUGGAUGGCAGAGGGUCCGUAGUACUCGAAGCACUGGAGUGAUCCAGUAGCCGGGAAGGGGCCUAGAAGUGCCUACUACUACACCACAUUACACUUGGCUCUACACAUUUACAGAGCUAACCCCUGUCCAGUGCCUGGCAGAGCUAAGGGGGCUUCAAUCCUUACUCUUUAUCCUCAUCUUCGCCCAGGCUAGCGGGGCCUUACUUAUUCAGGGGGGAGAGUGGAGCCUCGAGAAGCACUGUUGAGAGGAAGAUCUUUGGCCCCUCUUCAUUCUCUACAGGGUUCCAAACCUUUCUUCAACAUAGGUGACAAGGAGCGAGGCCGCGAUGGAAGAGAUCAAACACGGGAAUAAGAAGUAAUUCCAUUACCUUUUUUUUCAUUUUUCUAGAGGGGAACGGAGAAAGUGGACAAAACAGACUCGCAUUUCUCAUCGAACAAAUACAGGAAAAGAAUCAUAUUGAAAACGCUCCUAAGCCAAGCCCUUCCUUCGUAGAGCCAUGUAUUGUAAGUGAUCCGAACCUGCCCGGAGCGAGCCCCCCAUAGAGGCAAGUGAAGUUGGUGAGCCGUAUGAUGGGCAACUAUCUCCUGCGGUUCGGAGAGGACUCAGCUGUUAGUUAGUACUCCCUUGGUUUCGGGGUGGACCCUUUCACUCUAUUUUAUUAUAUACG